AUGUCUUUGGCCGCUUCACAGUCUCUGCUCCGGAACCGGGUGUUUGUGGUGGGGGUUGGGAUGACCAAGUUCACAAAGCCUGGAGUGGAGAAUGCAAGAGACUACCCUGACUUGGCAAAGGAAGCAGGCCAGAAGGCUUUAGCGGAUGCACAGAUCCCUUAUUCUGCAGUGGAGCAGGCAUGUAUUGGCUAUGUUUAUGGUGACUCUACCAGUGGGCAGAGGGCUAUCUAUCAUGGUUUGGGACUGACUGGAAUUCCUAUAAUCAACGUCAACAAUAACUGUUCUACUGGCUCAACUGCUUUGUUUGUGGCCCGGCAACUGGUUCAGGGUGGUCUGGCAGAUUGUGUCUUGGCUCUUGGGUUUGAGAAGAUGGAAAAGGGACCCCUUCCAUUAAGCGUUCCAAAUAGGGUUAAUCCAAUUGAUAAACAUGUUCAAGUCCUGAUCAAUAAGUAUGGAUUAUCUGCCCACCCAAUUGCUCCUCAGAUGUUUGCGAGUGCUGGAAAAGAGCACAUGGAAAAAUAUGGAACAACACUUGAACACUUUGCAAAAAUUGGAUGGAAAAAUCAUAAACAUUCAGUUAAUAACCCGUAUUCCCAGUUCCAAAAGGAGUACAGCUUAGAUGAAGUGAUGACGUCUCGAAAAAUUUUUGAGUUUUUGACAGUCCUACAAUGUUGUCCCACUUCAGAUGGUGCUGCCGCAGCAGUUUUGGCUAGUGAAGCAUUUGUACAGAAGCAUGACCUGAAAUCCAAAGCUGUGGAAAUUUUGGCUCAAGAGAUGGUGACUGAUAUGCCAAGCUCAUUUGAAGAAAAAAGCAUUAUUAAAAUGGUUGGUUUUGACAUGAGUAAAGAAGCUGCCAGAAAGUGCUAUGAGAAAUCUGGCCUGAGACCAAGUGAUAUUGACGUAAUAGAACUUCACGAUUGCUUUUCUAGCAAUGAACUUAUUACUUAUGAAGCACUGGGACUGUGUCCAGAAGGCCAAGGUGGAAAACUGGUUGAAAGAGGAGAUAAUACUUAUGGAGGAAAGUGGGUCAUAAAUCCUAGUGGCGGAUUAAUUUCAAAGGGGCAUCCACUUGGAGCUACAGGUCUGGCUCAGUGUGCUGAGCUCUGCUGGCAGCUGAGAGGGGAAGCCGGAAAAAGGCAAGUUCCUGGUGCAAAGGUUGCUCUGCAGCAUAAUUUAGGCCUCGGAGGAGCUGCCGUUGUCACGCUGUACAAGAUGGGCUUUCCUGAAGCUGCCAGAACUCAUCAAAUUGAGGCUGCUCCAACCAGCUCUGCUGUUGAUGGAUUUAAGGCAAAUCUUGUCUUUAAGGAGAUUGAGAAGAAGCUUGAAGAUGAAGGAGAGCAGUUUGUGAAGAAAAUUGGUGGUAUUUUUGCCUUCAAGGUGAAGGAUGGCCCUGGGGGUAAAGAAGCCACCUGGGUGGUGGACGUGAAGAACGGCAAAGGAUCAGUGCUGCCUAACUCAGAUAAGAAGGCUGACUGCACAAUCACAAUGGCUGACUCGGACUUACUGGCUUUGAUGACUGGUAAAAUGAAUCCUCAGACGGCCUUCUUUCAAGGCAAAUUGAAAAUCAACGGCAAUAUGGGUCUGGCUAUGAAGUUACAAAAUCUUCAGCUUCAGCCUGGCAAAGCUAAGCUGUGA